AGCUGUCAUUGGCUGCUGUUGUCUUCAAAACGGACGGCGCAACUCUAUUAAAGCUGCACCCGCAACAUGGAAAGAGAGCUUGAAUUUUUGCGUGAUCAAGUCCGCAGGCUGAAUUCUUCUCUCAGCCAGUAUCAACAUGGGGAGCAUGCUCACACCAAACCAUCACAGGUUGAAGAGGAAAAGAAGACUAAAUUUGCAGCUCCCUGGCUCUAUGAUAGGAGUAUAAUGGCUCCGCUCGUAGCCGAGUACGAUCAGCACAUUGAAGAAAUGUCUCAACAGCUGCAGAAAUACCAGGUGUCCAUGACAGAUGUCAAAGAAAAGUUGGAGACGGUUGUCCAGGAAAAUGAAAGGCUGCAUGCAGAACUGAGGGAAUCAGUUGAGAAGCAGCUUGAGUCAACCAUAAAGAUCUCUGGAGAAGAGUUAAGCACAGUGGAGGAGGAAGCAGUUGUUAAAAACCUCCAAGAUCAAAUCAAGCUGUCAGAACAGGAGCGGAUGCAGGCCAUGGAAUUGUGGCAGACUGCAACACUAGAGCUUGAUCGCCUCCAGGGGUUCUACCAGAAGAGCCUCGCUGAUGGACAGAAUGCAGAUGCUAAGGAACAGCAGUUCAAGGAUCAAAUUCUAGUUACCCAACAGCACACACACCAACUCCAAGUGACCAAUCAGGCGCUACAAUUGACCAAUCAACAGCUUCUAAAGACGGUGACAGAGCAGAGUAGAGAGAUGGAGGGGCUACACAGCCAGCUCAGAACAACCAAAGGUGACUUGGGGACGGCCACAAACAAAGUGGAGGAAAUGAACAAACAGCUCCAGUUGGUUCAGCACCAGCUUAAGAGACAGGAGGAAGAUCUGAUCGAGGCUCGCAGCAGAGAGGAAGCAGCAGAGCGACAAAUUCAACACCUGCAGUUAACCAUCAGCCAGAAAGAGACCAAGCUCAAAACGACAUCCCAGGAGGCAAAUGAUGUUCGAGGAGAGCAAACUAUGUGGGAGCAAAUGUCAGGGAACCUUAAGGCCCGAUGCGCUACCUUAGAACAGGAGAAGUAUGAGGCUCUGGACAAAGUUCGAGAGAGUGUGCAGAUGGCUGAGGAGGCGGUACUGCAAAAGAAUGAGGCUCUAUUAAGAGAGAAGCAGAUAAUAGAGGAGCUUGAGAAGACAAAGAAGGUCAUUCCACAGUUGAUUGAGGAUGCUGCUCUGCGCACCAGAAAAGAGGUGGAUAAUAUACGCAAGCAGUGCAAUGUUGAACUCCGUCAUAUGGCUGAGGAGCUGUCUUUGUUGCAACUGGAGUGUGCAGACAAAGAGUCUCUGAUUGAGCGGUCUAAACGAGAGAGAAAAGCUUUAGAGGAGGAACUGGCAAAGGUGGUUAAAGAGGGCAGGGCAGAACCAGAUCUUGGCAAAUUUGAUGUCCUUCACCAGAGGUGUCUCAAUGCAGAGAGGAUGAAAGAUGAAAUAAACAUCACUUUGCAAAGUACGCAAAGCAAACUAAAAAAGAUGGAAAUGGGCUACAAUGAGGAAUUGUCCCGCAGUCAGGAAGAAGUGCAGCGGCUGACGGGCUGUUUGGCUGCAGCAAGAGAGGACUGUGUUAAGAUCAGUGAUGAGCGACUCCAGCUACAACAGGAGAACUUUCAGAUACGCAGGGAGAUGGAUGAACUGCGCAAGGCCUCCUUGCUUGUCCAAAAGAAGGCCAAACAACAGGUGUCACAGAUGGAGCAAGAGUACAGCCUAAAAGAGAAGACACUUACUGCACAGAUGAGUGACCUGGAGGAGAGUAGUCGCAACUCAAGUGCUGAUCUGAUGCGCCUUCUCACUGCACAGAAAAAAAGUAUUCAUCGCUGGAAAGACGAAGCAAAAAAUAUGGCCCAGGCCUUUGAAAAUAAAAUGAAAAGUCUGAAGGCAGAGCUGAAUCAACACAAGCAACGGUCACAUGAGUUAGAGCUACAGCUUGAAAAUAACCUCAAAAUAAUUGAAGAGUAUGAGAGACAGCUAGCAGAGUAUCAAGAGAAGGCCAGUCGCCUCCAAAGACGACUGACUGAGGUUGAGCAACGUGCAACUACUGCUUCACAACAGAUUACAGUUAUGGCAUCGAAGCAAAGAAAAAACUACUUUUGUGAUCCAAAGCAUGAAUAACGGCACUUUUCUCACACCUAGUGGAACUGUGAUGGCUGUCUUUGUAUAACAUAUUGUUGAUAUAAUUUUGAGUUUAACAAGUUGCUUAAGUUUACACGUUAGGCAAGGUCCAGUCCACCGUUUCCUAAUCUUUUUCAGCCCAACAAAUUAGAAAUGUGGUUCGUACCCAGAUCCCAAACUUACACAAAUAGUAUGUAUUGAUGUAACAUCAGCAUACACACAUCAUUUGAUGACAUAGAACACGACAGACAAUUAAUUCACAUCAAUUUAUAACAAACAUAAUUAAAAAUGUGUACCACUUCAGCCCCCCAAAAAUAGUUUGACAUUUUACUCACAAAUCAGUGACCCAAUAUAAACUGACUUGAGACAACUUGUGGACCUUAUUCUAAGUUUGGAAAAAGCAAGCCUUGUCUGAUUUAAACAUUUAAUUAGGUGUAUUUGUACAGUAUUUAUAAUCUCGUUUUGACACUUAGUAUGUAGCAUAAAAGUACUACAACCCCAAUUCCAAUGAAGUUGGGACAUUGUGUUAUACAUAAAUAAAAACAGAAUACAAUGAUUUGCAAAUCAUGUUCAACCUAUAUUUAAUUGAAUCCACUACAAAGAUAUUUAAUGUUCAAACUGAUCAACUUUAUUGUUUUUAGCAGAUAAUCAUGAACUUAAAAUUUUAUGGCUGCAACAUGUUCCAAAAAAGCUGGGACAGGGUCAUGUUUACCAUUGUGUUAAUCACCUUUUCUUUUAACAACAUUCAAUAAAUGUUUGGGAACUGAGGACACUAAUUGUUGAAGCUUUGUAGGUGGAAUUCUCUCCCAUUCUUGCUUGAUGUACAACUACAGCUUCAGCUGUUCAACAAUCUGGGGUCUGCGUUGUCGUAUUUUACGCUUCAUAAAGCACCACACAUUUUCAAUGAGAGACAGGUUUGGACUGCAGGCAGGCCAGUCUAGUACCCGCACUCGUAUUCUAUGAAGCCACGCUGUUGUAACACGUGCAGAAUAUGGUUUGGCAUUGUCUUGCUGAAAUAAGCAGGGGCGUCAUUGGCAAAGACAUUGCUUGGAUGGCAGCAUAUGUUUCUCCAAAACCUGUAUGUGCCUUUCAGCAUUAAUGGUGCCUUCACAGAUGUGUAAGUUACCCAUGCCAUUGGCACUAACACAGCCCCAUACCAUCACGGAUGCUGGCUUUUGAACUUUGCGUCCAUAACAGUCCGGAUGGUUCUUUUCCUCUUUGGCCCGGAGGACACAAUGGCCACAAUUUCCAAAAACAAUUUGAAAUGUGGACUCGUCGGACCACAGAACACUUUUCCACUUUGCAUCAGUCCAUCUUAGAUGAGCUCAAACCCAGAAAAGCUGGCGCCGUUUCUGGGUGUUGUUGCUAAAUGGCUUUUGCUUUGCAUAGUAGAGUUUCAUGUCGCACUUACGGAUGUAGCGCCGAACUGUAUUUACUGACAAUGGUUUUCUGAAGUGUUCAUGAGCCCAUGCGGUGAUGUCCUUUACACAUUGAUGUCGGUUUUUGAUGCAGUCCCACCUGAGGGAUCGAAGGUCACGUGCAUUCAAUGUUGGUUUUCGGCCUUGCCGCUUACAUGCAGUGAUUUCUCCAGAUUCUCUGAAGCUUUUGAUUAUAUUAUGGACAGUAAAUGAUGAAAUUCCUUUCAAUUGUACGUUGAGGAACAAUGUCCUUAAACUGUUCGACUAUUUUCUCACGAACUUGUUCACAAAGGGGUGAACCUCACCCCAUCUUUGCUUGUGAAUGACUGAGCAAUUCAGGGAAGAUCCUUUUAUACCAAAUCAUGGCACCCUCCUGUUCCCAAUUAGCCUGUUCACCUGUGGGAUGUUCCAAACAGGUGUUUGAUGAUCAUUCCUCAACUUUCUCAAUCUUUUUUGCCACCUGUCCCAGCUUUUUGGAACGUGUUUCAGCCAUAAAGUUCUAAGUUAAUGAUUAUUUGCUAAAAACAAUAAAGUUUAUCAGUUUGAACAUUAAAUAUCUUUGUAGUGUAUUCAA